GGGUCCCAUGCAGGCAGCUUGUGAAUAAACGCUGGGGCUUGGAACGUGUGGUUUGCUAAUAGCUCCCGGGGCUCCUCGGUACCUACAGCAGUUUGCGAUUUUUACUCACUCCAAAGCUGUUGUCCCAGCUAAAGAAUUACAGCAAUAAAUAUUUGCACGCCUCAGGCAGAUUCAAAUAGGAGGAAGCGCGAAGCGGGGAAGGCAAGCUGAAGAAUGGAUCUGAGUUCAGGAAUCCAAAAGGUGUCCAUCAGCCAGCAACCAUCAGGAAGAGGUGUGCCAUGUUUAAGAUGCAGAGGGAUGUGCAGUGGCUUUGAGCCACAUUCUUGGAGGAAAAUAUGCAAGUCAUGUAAAUGCAGCCAGGAAGAUCACAGUCUGAGCUCCGAUGCAGAAGAUGAUCGGAAAAUUGGCCGCUUGCUCUCCGAUUCGAAAUACUCUUCGCUAACUGCCCGGGUGAAAGGAGGUGAUGGUGUUCGCAUCUAUAAAAGGAACCGUAUGAUUAUCACUAAUCCCAUCGUGUCUCGGAAAGAUCCAACAUUUAACACUAUUACAUACGAAUGGGCUCCACCCGGACUGACUCAGAAGCUGGCUACCCAGUACAUGGAACUGAUUUCGAAAGAGAUGCAGCCAGUGGCUGGUACAGAAGGUGCUUAUUAUCGUCGCAGGAGGUUGAUGAGACAGCUUCCUAUUUAUGACCAGGAUCCUUCCCACUGCCGGGGCCUUUCAGAGAGUGAAAUAAAGUUGAUGGAGGACUUUGUGAAGAAAUACAAAGAUGGCGUUCUUGGCGUUGGGGAAGUUGCACUGCCAGGUCAGGGAGGAACUGCCAAAGAUGAUGGGAAGCAACCUGAUAAAGGCAUUCCUGCAAGUAAAGAAGUUGUUUCUACCAAUGGAAGCCUGGGUGACGUGCCUAAAGGGCAGGAAUUGUUCUGCGACCUCUGCAAGCAGGUGCUGCCCUCAGAAUCCCCUGUGGUAUAUGCCAGCAGAGGAGGCUAUGAUCGUCAGUGGCAUCCCGCAUGCUUUGUGUGCUGCAAGUGUUCUGAACCGCUUGUGGACCUGAUCUACUUCUGGAACAAUGGGGCCAUCUGGUGUGGGCGUCAUUACUGUGAGAGCGUAAGGCCACGCUGUGCGGCCUGCGAUGAGAUAAUAUUUUCUGAGGACUACCAGCGAGUCGAAGGCCUCACCUGGCACAAGCAACACUUUACCUGCCUGGAGUGCGAGACCUUGCUGACAAGCCAACCAUUCAUCCUGGAUGCAGCCAACCUGCUAUGUACAACUUGUAGCAAAAACAAGCAUCCUUAGUCGGCAUGAAGUUUCUCAAACCAAAGUUUUCAUUUUCUGAUGCCAUCCAGAUUUGAAUUAAUGGGAUAAAAACACAGGGAAGGGGGGGACAAGUGAAGAAAGCCACUUCAUAGUGGCUUUGGACUACUAUGGCUAUUUACAAUCAUGUUAUCCUGGGAAAUGAGUUGGGAAAUGAUGACAGGGUUGCAAACACAUCGGGGUGAAAUCUAGAGAAUGGAAUGUUCUAGUUCUUUCUAGAGAGAUAAAACUAACCUUCUGGAAACCAAUGCCCAUAAUGUUCAAUUACUGAUUGCCUGCAUGUUACAAUAACUAAUCAAGGGUCUCUAGAAACAUGCAGAAUUCUUAAUUUUGCUGUCGGGGCUCACUACCUUUCUUGUUAUGAAAGUGUUAUAUUUAUAGAUCGAAACCACCACACUAACUCCAGCCAAAUUAGUGGCUUUAAAGAAUAGAACUAUGUGGCAAAAUGUAUAUAACCCUGACGUUCACAAGAACUUUCUCUUCUUUGUUGUAAUGACCGACUUCUCAGAUGCAAGGGAUCUGCUUAUUAACUUGUGUUUACAAGUCAAGUACUGUUAAGAUUACUAUAGUAAACGGUUUGUCUUCAUGUUCGUCAAGAUAUUGGUGUAAUAAUGGCUUGUACAGGGUGAUUGGAACAGAUGUAUAUUGCUACUUGCAUUCAAAUAAUUCUAGCUAUAGCUGUUCUUAAAACAAAAUGUGUUUGCCUUAUGCUUAGCUUUCAGUGGGCUUUAUGGGGAUGGACAAAUAGUUUGUGUUGGUUGUUAGUCUGUCCCGUAUAUUCUUUUUCUCAUCCCAAUUAGUUUUUUACCCAGUUUCAUACCUAUAAAAAUCUGCCACGUGGAGCAGUUCUAUUGCGACAGCCAAGAGACAGGAAGGAGUGAUGAGUAACUGGUUUGUGCUCAACAGUUUCUUGACUCUCUUUUAACUCCACUCCCUCUAUUUAUUUUCAUUGAAACUGGAGGAUGAGCUCAAAUGUUGGCAUAAACACACCUGCUCAUAUGCUUUGGUGACUUAGAAAUAAUAAUGAACCUGGGCAUUAUGUCAACUCACUUACUAUUUGGUCUCAGCUACUGGAUCCUAUUAUAGAUAUGGAGACCUUCAAGUCCUUCUGAAUCUUAUUCUGCCUAAUGUUUAUGAUGAGACUCUCAUCAGCUUAAACUGUACGAUGUUAAGAAAACAGCAUGUGAUCAUGAACAUUAUCCAAGGCACAUCCAACAAGAUGUGCAUUGACUCUUGUGAUAAGAGUACAUUGGAAUAUGUAAAGUCUAUCUAGUUCCUAAUCAUUCAUUUGCUUGGGCUUAGCAGCAAGGCCAAUAUUAGUUGCAUGUCUUUAUGAAGCUGAAACUUUAACUCAGAUUAAGCCCAUUUAUAACAGAUAACCAAGGGAGCCCUCAGAAGCUAUAGAAACAAUUUUGUCGUUACUAGUUCUGUAAAUAUUUGGUUUGGUUGACUAGUCCAGCAACAAUCGCCAAUGUACUGUGAUCACCUGUCAGGAUACAGUGGGAGCAGAAGUUACUUGAGGUGAAGAACUGGAAAAUAAUUUCAAUUAAUUCUUCUGAUUUGAGACAUAGCACAUAUUAGAUGCUUGUAUUUUGCUUUCAGACAUAUAAUCAGUGUGGCUGGUUAAAGAAUUUAUGGAAACUAGGUAUGUACAAAGCAUAAGCUUCUUCAGUAAAUUUAGUUUUGGACAACGUUUUUUGACAGCACAGGAGAACUCCAUUCGGCCUGUUAUAUAUGCACAGUGAGUUUCUAGGUUGAAAAUAAAAACUGCAAUCCGUUGAUGCAACUAGGCUGGCAAAUCA